UUGUGGUUGGAUCAACAGCACUGGCAACCCUAGAAGCGCCCAUGAAGAAGCCGAGAGGGUACAUGAGAGAAGCAAACCAAGAAAUCGGUUAGCCCACCGGGCACCUCUUCUCCCUUCGAUGCUGCAGCGCCAUAGAAACAGCAAAGCCAACAGCAACCGGAAUCAAGGCAAAGAUGUCUCUACAGCAGCAGCGGCGGCGGCGGCGGCGGGGCGACGAACGCGAAAGAUAGCAACCAUAGGCCGCAGGAAACUUUGGAUUGUGGUCACCUCCUUCAUUGGCUGCUGCUUCUGCAUGUGGCUUCUCUUUUCCUUGUACGUCGCGAGCUCCUCGGAGCAGUCGGAAGCGAGGCGUGCGGUUCGUUCCGGCGAUGUCCUGGACUUCCAAGGCAUCACGCGAACGAACAGCAACGACACCGACAGCGGCAAACCUCGGAUAGCGAUCAUAUCGAACGCCGUGGCCUUCCCGUUUGGGUCGGCUACGACGGCGCACUGGAGCCUCUUUAAGGAGUACUUUGCCAACAAGGACUGCUACGCGAACACCCAUGGCUACGACCUCAUCAUCGACUCCAGGAACCAUGUGAACGGGAUGGGUUUCUACACCGACGAGAACGGGCACAGAGGCGGCACGAACGUGCACUUCAACAAGCCCUACCUCAUCCGCAAGUGGCUGCCGCACUACGACUGGGUGCUGUGGCUAGACAUGGACGCUCUGGUCGUGGACCUCGCGAAACCGAUCGAGAAGUUCAUCGAAGAGGUCGGAGGGCAGGAUGGCGACAUUCACGUCCUUGUGCCCCAAGACCAGAACGUGCAGUUCUUCUUUAGCGCUUGCUCCCUGCUCUUGCGCAACAGCCCGGAAACUAUGGAUAUGGUAGAAGACUGGUUUACUCUCAAGGACACGUGCCCGUACGCGAUGUACGACGACCAGAGCCGGCUCUACGCGGCCAUCCUGAGAAUGCAGCUCAGGUGUUUGGAUUCGGCCGGGGGUGGGAGGGGGAUAAACCGAGUUCGGAAGCUGUUCCCCCCGGGGGGGUCCAGCCGCCUGCCCCGGAAAAUGUUCCCCAAGGGCCCCGACCCCGGCUGGGUUUUCCAGGGCCAGUUCGGGGGUAUAAAGACGCACCCACACCUUGUGGAGCACGCCUUCUCGGUGCACACGAAACCCUUCUGCCAGAAGAGCUUCCAGAUAUGCUCCCCCUUCGUGGACGCGAUACUGGCGCCGAACUACCAGAAGGGAAUGCAGAGGUGCUACGGGCAAGGGUGGGUGGCCAAGCCCUACAUGGCGCUGGCCACCCUGCACGAAGGGGCCAAGUCCGGCCCUGCGGUGGACAACGAGGCCUUGGGUGUGCACGUUAAGAACGCCAGUUCCGUUGAAGCGUUGGUGCCGGGGCUCAACGUGCCUUACGGCAUCCAGUUCACGGGCAUGCGGGAGAGCCAACAAGCUAACGGGGGGCGCGGCGGCGGCGGCGACGGCAGCGGCGGUGGCCCCGGGUGGCGUCAGAUGGGCACCAAGGAGGACAAGAGGUUCUGCCUCGCCAGCCUCCCCGGGGCGGGGGGGAGGGAGUUCAUGGGGCAGGUACUGGGACCGUUGCUGCUCCAGCGGUUUUGCACCCUGGGCUCUUGCGACGGCAUCAGCUUGAGCAAGGCGAAACGACGAGCACACAGGGAGCAGACCCCUUGCAAGAUCGCUAAGGUGUACCAGGUCUUCCCCUACAACCUCAUGUCGGACUACGCGAGGAACUCGAGACAGCCGUUCUGGCACAUGUCGAUGAUCAGGGACCCUGUUGACCGGUAG